GAGAGAGGGAAAUUGGCACCGGAUUUGGCUGGUUGGUAGCUUCUAGACGGUCCAGUCUCUUGAAGAGUCUGGCAUAAUUAACAUCAACCAACUAUUAAUUAUCAUUCAUUAGAAAAUUAAAUAAUUAAUUUAGAAAAAAAUAUUAUAUCAUCAUGAAAUAUAUACUUGUUACUGGUGGUGUUAUCAGUGGUGUUGGUAAAGGUGUAAUUGCCAGUUCUUUUGGUACAAUUUUAAAAAAUUGUGGAAUCCAUGUAACAUCAAUUAAAAUUGAUCCAUAUAUUAAUAUUGAUGCUGGUACAUUUUCACCAUAUGAGCAUGGUGAAGUUUAUGUACUGGAUGAUGGUGGUGAGGUUGAUCUUGAUCUUGGUAAUUAUGAACGUUUUUUGGAUGUCACUUUGCAUAAAGAUAAUAACAUAACAACUGGUAAAAUUUAUCAAAAUGUUAUUAACAAAGAAAGAAAAGGAGAUUACUUGGGUAAAACUGUACAAGUUGUUCCACAUAUUACUGAUGAAAUUCAAGAAUGGGUAGAAAAAAUUGCUUCUCGUCCAGUCACUAAAGAAAUUGUACCACAGGUCUGUGUGAUUGAGCUUGGUGGAACUAUUGGUGACAUAGAAGGCAUGGCUUUUGUUGAAGCAUUUCGUCAAUUUCAAUUUCGUGUUAAAAAAGAAAAUUUUUGUUGUGCUCAUGUGUCAUUGGUACCUCAGCCACGUUCAACUGGUGAACACAAAACAAAACCAACUCAAGAAAGUGUACGUGUAUUACGUGGAUUGGGUCUUUCACCAGAUUUAAUAAUUUGUAGAUCAGAAAAGCCAUUUGGUGAAACAGUUAAAGAAAAAAUAUCAAAUUUUUGUCAUGUUGCAACUGAACAAGUUAUAACAAUUCAUGAUUUAUCAUCAAUUUAUAGAGUUCCAUUGUUGAUGGAAAGUCAAGGUGUUAUUGAAUUUUUAAAUGAAAGAUUAAAGCUUGAAAUUCCUUCACUACGUCCACGUCAUUUUAUGCGUAAAUGGCGUGAUCUUGCUGAAAGAAUUGAUCAUUUACGUAAAGAUGUUAAUAUUGUACUUGUUGGAAAAUAUACUCAGCUAGAAGAUGCAUAUGCAUCUGUUACAAAAUCACUUCAGCAUGCAUCAACUGAAGUUGGAUAUAAACUUAAAUUAAAAUAUCUUGAAGCUGAAAAUUUAGAACAAAAAACAUUACAAUCAAAUCCAGUAUUAUAUCAUGAAGCAUGGCAACAAUUAUGUAAAAGUGAUGGUGUUAUUGUACCUGGUGGUUUUGGUAAAAGAGGCAUUGAUGGAAUGAUUGAAGCAUGUAAAUGGUGUAGAAUAAAUGAUAAACCAUUAUUAGGUAUUUGUCUUGGUCUUCAAGUUGCUGUACUUGAAUAUGCACGUAAUGUAUUAGCAAUUAAAGAAGCUAAUAGUACAGAAAUUGAUUCUGAUAUUGAUGAAAAAAAUAAAUUUAUCAUUGAAAUGCCUGAACAUAAUGGUGAUGAAAUUAUUGGUGGUACAAUGAGACUAGGUAAACGUAUUACAAAAUUUAAACCAGAUAAUUCAGUUAUAAAACAAUUAUAUGGUAAUGUUGAUCAAAUUGAAGAAAGACAUCGUCACAGAUAUGAAGUUAAUCCAGAAUUUGUAACACAACUUGAAAGUUCUGGAUUAAAAUUUGUUGGCACAGAUACUGAAGGAAGAAGAAUGGAAAUUUUAGAACUUGAAGGACAUUCAUAUUAUGUUGCAACUCAAUAUCAUCCUGAAUAUUUAUCAAGACCAUUAAAACCAUCACCACCAUUUUUGGGAUUAAUAUUAGCAAGUACUGGAAAAUUGAGAUCAUAUCUUGCACGUGGAUGUCGACUAUCUCCAAGACAAAUGAGUGACAAUGAUUCUGAUGAUGAUUUUAUUGUCGAUGAUCAUUUAAAUCAAAAUAAUAACAAUAAACUUUCAAUACCCAAAUCCAAUUAGAUAUAUUAUUUACAAAAUCUUUUGGUAAUAAUUUUUUUUGAUGAUGAUAGAAUUAGGUGACAUGUUUUUUCUUAUUUAUUAUUAUUUUUUUUAAUAGAUAAUCCAAUCAUUGUUUUGAAAUAUUGUGAUGCUGAUUUUUUUUUAUAUUGUAUCAAUUGUGAUGUGGACAUUGCACACAAUAAUCGUACUUUAGAAACAUAACUUCUUCCUUUUUUUUUUUUUUUUGACCAACAGGAUUAAAAAGGAUUAAUUAUUUGUCUGAGACUGUGUUAAUAAAAACAAUAAACAAUAUCUCGUUUUUGUUACUAUAUGUACCAUAUUGUGAUUUGAGAGAAAGUAAUGAAUUUUGUAACCGAUUUAUAAGCUUUUCUUUUUGAUAAUGCUUAGGAAAAAAGGAUGUUUAAUUUUUUAUGUAAUACUUACUAAUAAUUAUUCAUGGAAAAAAUAUAGAUAACAGUUUUUUGGAAUGUAUAAGAGACGUUUUGGUUUUUUUUUUUGUACAAGUUUAUUUAUUGAAAAUUCUCCAACAUAUUAAUGCUCCAUUAAUUGAG